UGCCACGCAGACUUCCGCCGGGUGCCGAGACCGAGGGAGGGCUGCGGGCGGCGUUGGAAGUGAAGUCGCGGCGCGCGUGGUGUGGAGCCGCAGCCCGGGUGCGCUGGGGCAACAUGUCGGAAGGAAACGCCGCGGGCGAGCCCAGCACUCCGGGAGGGCCCCGACCCCUUCUUUCUGGGUCUCGGGGGCUUAUCGGGCGGCGACCGGCGCCUCCUCUCACCCCGGGCCGCCUUCCCUCCAUCCGCUCCAGGGACCUCACCCUCGGGGGAGUCAAAAAGAAAACCUUCACCCCAAAUAUCAUCAGUCGGAAGAUCAAGGAAGAGCCCAAGGAGGAAGUAACCAUCAAGAAGGAGAAGCGUGAAAGGGAUAGAGACCGGCAGAGAGAGGGACAUGGACGGGGCCGGGGUCGCCCAGAAGUGAUUCAGUCUCACUCCAUCUUUGAGCAGGGCCCAGCUGAAAUGAUGAAGAAAAAGGGCAACUGGGAUAAGACGGUGGAUAUGUCAGACAUGGGGCCCUCUCAUAUCAUCAACAUCAAAAAAGAAAAGAGAGAGACAGACGAAGAAACAAAACAGAUCCUGCGAAUGCUGGAGAAGGAUGACUUCAUCGAUGACCCUGGACUGAGGAAUGAUACUCGAAACAUGCCUGUGCAGCUGCCGCUGGCUCACUCGGGAUGGCUUUUUAAGGAGGAGAAUGAAGAGCCAGAUGUUAAACCUUGGUUGACUGCCCCCAAAGAGGAGGACAUGGAGGUGGACGUGCCUGUUGUGAAAGUGAAAGAAGAACCACGAGAUGAGGAGGAGGAGACCAAGAUGAAGGCUCCUCCCAGAGCAGCCAGAAGGACCCCGGGUCUCCCAAAGGAUGUGUCUGUAGCUGAGCUGCUCAGAGAGCUGAGCCUCACCCAGGAGGAGGAGUUGCUGUUCCUCCAGCUGCCCGACACGCUCCCUGGCCAGCCUCCCACUCAAGACAUCAAGCCUAUCAAGACAGAGGUGCAGAGCGAGGAUGGGCAGAUGGUGGUUAUAAAGCAGGAGAAAGAUCGGGAAGCCAGGCUGGCAGAGAAUGCGUGUACCCUGGCUGACCUGACAGAGGGUCAGGUUGGCAAGCUGCUCAUCCGCAAGUCGGGAAAGGUGCAGCUUCUCCUGGGCAAGGUGACUCUGGAUGUAACCAUGGGAACCACCUGCUCUUUUCUGCAGGAGCUGGUGUCUGUGGGUCUUGGAGACAGUAGGACAGGUGAGAUGACAGUCCUGGGACAUGUGAAGCACAAACUCGUAUGUUCCCCUGAUUUUGAAUCCCUGUUGGAUCACAAACAUCGGUAAAAUGAGCAGAGGGAGGAUGGUGGUGACUGUCGCCCACAGCUGCUGCUUGCUCGGACAUCUGGUUCUCGAUUCUACGCAGCCCUGAGCGGGCCUGUUUAGCCCACCCACUCCCACCUUUGGCAGACGUUGUUGAACUUCCCCUGCAGCACACGGGGCGCUCUCCCACCGCAUCUGUGAGUGGCACAGUGACCUUCCCACAGCGUGGAUGCUGCACCUUCUUGAUGCUGGAGGACUUGCCCCUCUAUUUAUUUUUAUAUUUAUGUCUUGUCAGUUGAUUGCACCCUUCCCAGGUUGGGGGGGAGGUGAGGGAGUUUGUGGACAGUGCACGAUCCUCCUGGUCACCUCCUGGUUCUCAGGGUAGGAAGUAUAAAACUGCUGCUUUUACUUCCUCCUUCCUCCUGAGAUAUGUCAGGGAGGGAGCAGGGAAGUUUUGAGUCUGAAACUCAAGUCUUCAGUCCCAGCUCUCAGUUACAGUUGUGUGACCUUGGACAGACUACCUAACCUUUCUGAGCCUCAGAGUCCUCAUCUGAUAAAAAUGAGGAUAAUACCUACCUCACAGGGUUGUGUGAGGAUUAAGUGGAAUAUUACAGAUGACAACUCCUUGCACAAGGCCAGACAUAAACAGUAGGCACUCAAUAAAUGUUAGUUUCCCUUCCCUUUGCCUGAGUCUAUUUUCAAACAAAAUAGGGAUUCUGGGGCCUCCCCGGUGGCGCAGCGGUUGAGCGCUGGGUUGCGAAGCUGCACGCGGCCUCUGCGGCGCCGGUUCGAUCCCCGGCUGCUCCCCGGCCACCGGAGGAGGGUCCCACAUGGCGUGCAGACCUCUCCUGCUGCCCGCUGCUCCCCUCAGCAGUGUACUUCGGUCC